AUGAGCUCCAGCGUCCUGGAGCCAAUGUCGCUCAUGAAUCCUGCAGACCUUCAACAUCACCAAUUCCUCCAUUCUGUCGAUGGAAAACUUGGCCUCUCACCGCCGAACCAAGAUGACUACCCCGCCAAGCGUGUUCUCGAUAUUGGUACUGGAACCGGGACUUGGGCAAUUGAGUUCGGUGAGCUCAAGCCCGAAGCAGAGUCAAGAGUGCCGCCCAACGUAACAUUUGAGGUGGAUGACAUCGAAGAACCGUGGACUAAUCUCACGCCCGGUGGCUACCUCGAGCUCCAGGAGAUGGAUCUCAUGCCUCAAUCCGAUGACGGUAGUCUGAAACCCGACGCUGCGGUUGUGCGGUGUUUUGCCCUCCUUGUGAAGGCGGCUACGGUACUUAACCGAUCCUUUCAAGACAUCCCGGAUCUCGUCAACGUGAUGCAAAAAAUAGGUUUCGUCGACGUCUCAAUCAAGAAGGUGAUGUGGCCAGCAAAUACGUGGCCCAAAGGGCAACACUAUAAACUACUAGGGCAAUGUGCCCACGAAAAUUUUAUGCACUAUAUGGAAGAAAACCUAAAGCCAGAUGAUAGAUCAUGCUUACGUAGCUUGCGCGAAGUCUCGAUGAAACGAACUGGACCAGGCCACCUGCUUCUUAGGGUUAGCAUUUCACCUGGCAUGUUAAUCUAUCACAAAAUGGCCACAUUCUUGUUCACUUUAAGGGAUAUAGGAGUCUUUUGA